GGAGGUGAAGCACCUUAAUAAGACUUUCAAAUCCUGCAUUGAUACGUUUUACAAAUCCGACAUUACUACGACUUCCUAAUCCGCCAUGCAAAAUAAAGACGAUCAUACAGAGGAGGAAAGACCGUACAUAGUCCAAGAUGCGGGUGGAGAUACUCUAAGUUUAAAGAAAAUUAAUGACCGUAUAUUAAUUAACGCCGUGUCUAAAGCUAAAUGGGAUGGUUUGAAAGCAGUGGAAGGAAAAAAGGACGAUGUCUUAGUUACUUGCUAUGCAAAGUCAGGAAGCCAUUAUGUGUAUGAGAUCGUGAGUAUGCUACAGAAAGGAAAUAGUGAACCAAUUCCAAAUGUUAUGGAACUAAAUCACAUGGAUUUUCUUUCCGUCGAAAAGGUGGCGGAAAUACUAUCUCCACGCACGAUGUGUACCCAUAGGUAUUUUGACGAGCUACCAGUAGAUAUGAUCCAUAAAAAAUGUAAAUUGGUUCAGGUAGUGCGCAAUCCUAAAGAUGCUUGCGUUUCUUAUUUUCACCACUUAAUUAAGACUAAAUCCGUAUCUUACGAUGGCAAAUUUCCUAAUUUUAUUCCCAUAUAUAUGAAAGGUGAAGUGCCAUUUGGAGGAUGGGAUGGACAUUUCCUCAAGUGGAAAGAGUCUAAACUAUCAAAUCCUGACUAUCCUAUAUUGACUAUACGUUAUGAAGAUUUAGUAGCUAAUCCAGUAAAGGGAAUCAAGAAAUUAGCUACGUUCAUAGGAAAGGAAUAUUCAGAUAAACUGUAUGAAGAAAUAGCUGUUAAUACUCAUUUUGAUCAGAUGAAGACCUACAAAGAGUCUUUACACAACCCUUCAUUGCCACAUUUUAAAGGUGAAAAGGAGAUCAUGUAUCGUAAAGGCAAAACUGGUGAUUGGAAGAAUCAUUUCUUGCCAUCAGAAGCAGAAGAAUUUGAUAAUUAUUAUCGUGAUAAAUUAGAAGAGAGAGAUUACAUUUAUUUAAAUGAUAGUUAGUUCAUAUUUCAGUGAUUAUAUUAUCAAUAUUUCAGUGAUGAUAUUAUCAAUAUUUCAGUGAUUAUAAUAUCAAUAUUUCAGUGAUUAUAUUAUCAAUAUUUCAGUGUUAUAUUAUCAAUAUUUCAGUGAUUAUAUUAUCAUUAUUUCAGUGAUUAUAUUAUCAAUAUUUCAGUGAUUAUAUUAUCAAUAUUUCCGUGAUUAUAUUAUCAAUAUUUCAGUGAUGAUAUUGUCAAUAUUUCAGUGAUGAUAUUAUCAAUAUGUCAGUGAUUAUAUUAUCAAUAUUUCAGUGAUGAUAUUAUCAAUAUUUCAGUGAUUAUAUUAUCAAUAUUUCAGUGAUUAUAUUGUCAAUAUUUCAGUGAUUAUAUUAUCAAUAUUUCAGUGAUGAUAUUGUCAAUAUGUCAAUGAUUAUAUCGUCAAUAUUUCAGUGAUUAUUUUAUCAAUAUUUCAGUGAUUAUACUGUCAAUAUUUCAGUGAUUAUACUGUCAAUAUUUCAGUGAUGAUAUUAUCAAUAUUUCAGUGAUCAUUUUAUCAAUAUUUCAGUGAUGAUAUUGUCAAUAUUUCAGUGAUUAUACUGUCAAUAUUUCAGUGAUGAUAUAGUCAAUAUUUCAGUGAUGAUAUUGUCAAUAUUGCAGUGACUAUAUCGUCAAUAUUUCAGUGAUUAUACUAUCAAUAUUUCAGUGAUCAUUUCAUCAAUAUUUCAGUGAUGAUAUUGUCAAUAUGUCAAUGAUUAUAUCGUCAAUAUUUCAGUGAUCAUUUUAUCAAUAUUUCAGUGAUUAUACUGUCAAUAUUUCAGUGAUUAUACUGUCAAUAUUUCAGUGAUGACAUAGUCAAUAUUUCAGUGAUUAUACUGUCAAUAUUUCAGUGAUGAUAUUAUCAAUAUUUCAGUGAUCAUUUUAUCAAUAUUUCAGUGAUGAUAUUGUCAAUAUUUCAGUGAUUAUACUGUCAAUAUUUCAGUGAUGAUAUAGUCAAUAUUUCAGUGAUGAUAUUGUCAAUAUUGCAGUGACUAUAUUGUCAAUAUUUCAGUGAUUAUACUAUCAAUAUUUCAGUGAUCAUUUCAUCAAUAUUUCAGUGAUGAUACUGUCAAUUUUUCAGUGAUUAUACUGCCAAUAUUUCAGCUCAUGUUUUGUUAUAACUUGGAUGUACAAAUACAUUAUUGCUCGACUUAAGUAGUGAACAAAAUUUCAUCCAAUCCCCCAAAAGGUAAUCCAAGGGAUUAAUGAUGGAAUAAACCCUAUAAAUUUUU